GCAUACUCACUUCACAUAUUCAAUACUUGAGUUGCUCACAAAGGAUUAAGUAUGGAGGCCUUCUUACCGUAUGUUCUUCCUCUUAUACUUCUUCCUCUCUCCGUCUAUCUCUUCUCGUUAAUCCCUAAAAGGGGUUCUGAAAAAUCGAAAAACCUGCCUCCCGGCUCACGGGGUUGGCCUAUGCUGGGAGAAAACAUAGAGUUUGCCGUGUUAGGCCCUCAGAAAUUCGUCAAAGAUAGGAUGGAGAAAUACUCACCGGAAGUAUUCCAAACCUCUUUGUUAGGAGAAAAAAUGGCCAUAUUCUGUGGUGCACAAGGUAACAAGUUCCUUUUCAUGAAUGAGAACAAACUUCUGACUUCCUGGUGGCCACAAUCAAUGAAGAAAGCCUUGCUGUUCCCUGAAUUUGUUGAGAGUAACUUGAAGGAAGUAUCGGCCCUAAAACGUAGCUUUCACCACGACAUUCUCAAGCCUGAGGCCUUAAAACAGUACAUACCAGUGAUGGAUGCUCUGGCUCGUGAGCAUUUGGAUAACGACUGGACCCCCAAUUCUGUUGUCAAAGUUUCUCCCCUGUCCAAGAAGUACACCUUUGAGCUGGCGUGUAGAUUGUUUCUCAGUGUGGUUGAUCCAGAGCACAUAAAGAGGUUGUCCGAACCCUUUACUCUUGUGACCAACGGGAUGUUCUCCGUACCUAUAGAUUUGCCAGGUACGGCCUACAAUCGUGCCAUCAAAGGAGGCAAAUUGGUGCGUGAAGAGCUGAUGAGGAUCAUCACAGAGAGGAGGAAGGAGCUGACGGAGAAAAAGGAGACCGAGGGUCGUGACCUAUUGUCCAAGAUGCUACUUGUGACAGAUGAAGAUGGGCAGUUUUUGAGCGAAAUGGAGAUUUCUAACAACAUCAUCGGUUUGCUUGUGGCUAGCUUUGAGACGACGAGCUCUGCAGUGACGGCUGUCAUGAAUUACCUUGCUGAACUUCCCCACAUUUACAAACAGGUUCUUGAAGAGCAAAUGGAGAUUGCAAAAUCAAAGGGCCCUGAUGAGCUAUUGACAUGGGAAGAUAUCGAGAAGAUGAGGUACUCGUGGAACGUGGCACGUGAAUCGCUCAGGUUAACCCCCCCUGCCCAAGGAGCAUUCAGAGAAACCACAACUGAGUUCACUUAUGCUGGUUUCACCAUCCCUAAAGGAUGGAAGACAUUCUGGACUGUGCAUUCAUCACACAAGAAUCCCAAGUACUUCCCUGAACCAGAAAAGUUCAACCCGUCCAGGUUUGAGGGAAGUGGACCGGCUCCUUACACGUUCGUGCCAUUUGGAGGAGGGCCACGGAUGUGUCCCGGAAAAGAGUAUGCUAGGCUUGAAGUCUUGGUUUUCAUGCACAAUGUGGUGAGAAGGUUCAGACUUGAGAAGGCCAUCCCAAAUGAGAAGAUAGUCUUCCACGCUUCGCCUACACCGGCUUACGGCCUCCCGGUUCACCUUCAUCCUCAUGAGAAAUAAAUCCUUCUUGGAGUGUUGUGCCACUGCUUUAUACAUUGAGAAGAUGUGAAUUCCAUGAUACGUUUGUUGUUUUCUGGUUUUUGUUGACAAUAAUCUGUGAAAACAGAGCUGAAAAUGUAAGAAAAAAGAGAUGAAGUAUGAUGAAAUGUGGUAGUGUAAUAUUCUUACUAUGUUUCUUUGAGAUUAGUUGUUUGUAUUUCUCCCAAUAAAAGAAUGUCAUCCAUGUUUCCCUUUUA